AUGUUCUCGACCAUUGCGAAUGCGCCGGCGAAACAGUCCGUAGGCGAGACCAUCGCGGUCCUCGGCGGACGUCUCAACUCUGCGACCCUCCUCGAAGACCGCCGUGCUGCGAUUCUGGGACUGCGAAGUUUCGCCAAGGAUUAUCCUGCCUCUGUAGCGUCCGGCGCCCUGCGAAGCUUGAUUGGCAGUCUAUCCAAAGAUGGCGAGGAUGUCGACACAGUCAAGGUUGUCCUCGAGACCCUGUUGAUGCUGUUUGACCCCAACCAGGACAGUCCAGAAGCUUCCGAAGACAUAGCUCUCUGGCUAGCCGACGAAUUCACCCAGAGGCAAGAGAACGUGACGUUGCUUCUCGACUUCCUCGAAACAAACGACUUUUACUCGCGAUUAUAUUCUCUACAGCUGCUGUCCGCGGUACUCUCGGCCCGUGCUGACCGAACCGAAGCUUGUGUAUUUGCAGCACCACUUGGCAUAUCCAGCUUGGUAGCUGUGUUGGAAGAUCGACGCGAUGCCGUCCGGAACGAGGCCGUUUCGCUUCUGACAUACCUCACUCCCACUUCGCCAGAUAUCCAGAAGGCAAUCGCCUUUCAGGGCGCCUUUCAACGGAUAUUCGCCAUCAUUGCGGCCGAGGGCGGCCUGUCCGAGGGCGACAGAAUCGUCGAGGACUGUCUGGUCCUGCUGGUGAAUCUUCUCAGACUGAACCAGUCCAACCAAUAUACAUUCCGGGAAGAAGGAUAUAUAGCCAACUUAUCUCAGCUUCUCAAAUCCACAUAUGAGCUCGGAAAAGAGGCCGAAGAGGUGGCGCAAUGGGCACAGCAGCAGGGAUCUCGAAACACUUACGCAUUACUCGCUAUUGUGCGGCUGUUUCUAACGCCUGGCGAAAAGGAGACGCCGCAGAACCAGAGAGCAUUCUGGCAGCAUGGCGUCCUCUACCAUGCUUUGCAGCUUGCUUUUGCACAGGCUGCAGAUGUCUCGAUACGCGCGGAAGCGUUGACGGUAUGCUCAGAAAUCAUCCGUGGCAACCGCGAGCUCCAGGAAGGCUUCGCUCAGCUCCAGGUGCCUAGUGUCCUCCCAAAUGAUGUGAACGGCGUCAAUGGGAAGACGAAUGGUAUUUCCGUCACACUUGUGUAUGUGAUUGAUGGCCUACUCGAUCUUACCUUGAGUGUGACUUCGUUGCAAUUAUUCGACCUACGGAUGGCUGCGUGCGAGUGUUUGAAAGCUUAUCUAUAUGGUCACGACGAGAUUCGACUGCAUUUUCUUCAUCGCGCUAUCGAGGGGUAUAGCAGUGGGAGCGACGAAACUGCUAAUGUUCUGACUACCCUUCUCCAGCCAUCUGCUUCAACAUCCAACGAUCCAUAUCGUCAUUGGUUUGCAUCCAUUGUUAUGUUUCAUCUUCUUCACGAGACUGACGAUGGCCAUGAGCCAAAGGCCAAGACACUUGCCAUGUCUUUGACCGAAGGCGAUGCUGAAAGUGGUGAAGAGGUUGUGACCAGCAUACAGACUAUUACAGCCCACCUACUCAGCGGACUGAAAACCGGCAUAGAUGAACGCGUCAUCAUGGGAUACCUCAUGCUUCUCAUCGGCUGGCUGUGGCACAAUCCAGCCGGCGUCGACGACUUUCUUGGAGAAGGAAGCCAUCUGCAGGGACUAACCGAGGUUGUCCAAGAACCGAAAAGUAAUGCUAUGGUACGUGGUCUGAGUGCCAUGUUAUUGGGUGUUAUCUACGAAUAUUCCACCCGAGAGUCACCUAUACCACGUCCGUCCUUGCACGAGGCUCUGCUGUCACGAAUGAGCCGCGGUAACUACCAGGUCUCCUUGCGAAAUCUCCUGAAGCAUCCAAUGAUGCGGGAUUUCGAGGUUAUCCCUCAAAAGGCUGACGACUCUGGAGAGCUUCCGGAAGUCUUCUUUGAUGCCACGUUUGUCGAAUUCUACAAAGACCACUGCAACCACGUGAUUCGUGCGAUUGACACGGAUCCUGCAAUCGAGACGUCUGUGGUGGUGAAUGGUGAAGAGAAAGGCGUUUCUCGCCAGCUGGUUGAUGAUCUCCGAGCAGAACUCGAUGCUGUCCGUGCCAAACAAGAUGAAUACUACCGGAAUUGGCAGUCGUCACUCAUGGAUGGUACUGCAUCUAAUAAACAGCUUGGACAACAACUGGAAAGCACAGUGGCAGAGCUGAACAGAAUCAAAUCUCUCAAUGAUGCUCUUCAUCGAAACCAUGAAAGCGAGAUCAAGAAUCUGCACCGAAAGCAUGAAGAAGCCGUCAGAUCUUCUGAUCGCAAGUAUGAAGAGUCUUUGAAAGUUUUGCAACGAAAGCACGAUGACGAAGCCAGAGCCUACCAGCGCAAACAUGAGCAAGAGACCAAAGCCCUGCAGCGGAAGGUCGACCAAUUGGAGAACCAGAACAAAAGCCUUGAGGCCGAGAACAAGGAUGUGAAGCAGAAGUUUGGCGAUACACUCAGAGCCAUUCAGCGUCUAGAGGAACAGCUUAAAUCGACUGAAGAACAGGCUGCCAACAAGACGGCGGAAAUUCAGCGACAACUUGAUUAUGUCAAGAAAACAUCUGAAGCUGAAGCAGCUCGAAAGGAGCGCCGCACUGGUGCUGAGAUAGCAGAUCUCCGAGCCAAUGUCAGCCGAUUGGAAUUGGACUUGAUGAAGGCAGCCAAGACGCACUCAGAGGAGGUCCAAGGUGCCAGAGCCGAACUCGAGGCCGAGACUGUCAAGGCUAAGGAGGCCGAGAAACGCGCGCAAGACUUCCAAACUCAAUUGCAAGAAGCACAAGAGUCGGCAAAGAAUGCUGCUGCUCAAUUACAAGCACGUGUUCAACAGCUCGAGACCGAUUACAAUGCCCGGCUUGAGGCUGCAGAAGCUGGAAAGGCAAACGAACUCAAGAGUCUAAGAUCCGGUCUUGAAAAGAAGUAUGCGGACAAUCUCGAGAAAGCCGAAGCUAAGCUCAAGCAGGAGCACGCUGGCGAGCUAGAGGAGCAAAGAUCCCAGUCCGAGAAGGCCAGGGUCGAGCUUGAAAAGAAGCAUGCUGACAAGCUCGAGCAGGUCAGCGGAGAUCUCAAGCGAGAACACGCUGAUGAGCUUGAGCAGAGUAAAGCUCAACUCGAAAAGGCCCAGAGCGAUCUCCAAAAAGCCACAUCUCAGCCAAAACAGCAGAAGAAUGAUGAAUUAGAAAAGGCCAAGUCUCAACUCAAGAAAGCCCUGGAGGAUCUUGCAGAAUCCAAGUCUCAGAUCAAGAAAUCUGAGGAUGAGCUCAAGAAUGCCAAGACUCAGUCAAAACAGCAAAAGACCGAUGAGGUUGAGAAGCUGAAAGAACAGCUCAAGAAGGCUGAGGAUGAACUUCAGAAAGCGAAAUCCCAGUCCAAGAAGCAGAAGGAUGGUGAGGUUGAGAAGCUGAAGGGCGAGCUCAAGAAGGCCGAAGAUGAGCUUCAGAAGUCCAAGUCUCAGUCAAAGCAGCAAAAGGACAGCGCUUUGGAGAAGCUGCAAGCCGAACUCAAGAAGGCCGAAGAGAAGCUCCAGAAAGCAACGUCUGAGUCCAAGAAAACUGAAGAAGAACUGCAGAAAGCAAAAUCCCAAUCGCAGAAGGCCGAAGACGAGCUACUGAGAAUAAAAGCCGAGUCGGAAACUCCCAAGGAGGAGCUCCAAAAAGCCAAAUUGCAGCUGGAAAAGAUCAACACCGCGGUCAAGCAGAAGGAUGCCGAGCUCAAGACAAAGGAUGAGGAAAGAAUGGCUACACAGACAGAGUUGGACGAUCUCCUCAUGGUCUUUGGUGACCUUGAGGAGAGGGUGGAAAAGUACAAGAAGCAGGUACAGGAGCUCGGUGGAACAGUGUCAGACGCGGAGGACGACGACGACGACGAAGACGAAGACGAUGAGGAAGACGAUGACGAUGACGACGGUGUUGACUAA